UGUGACGUUAGAUAGUCACAUCACUGUGGUCCAAUCAUAUGCCCCCCCUGUACAGAGGCACACCCAUCGCCCCUCCACCUAAUUCUGCAACGUCAUGGUGCUCACUCUUGAUGCAGUUGUCAUGGAGAUGGAGGAGCGCUCAGCAUCCACCGGUGGCAGUGUUACCAUGGAGACCUUCACCACAGCAGCAACCUCUGAAUCGGGCGAGUCUGCUCAGCGAGCCGGCGGAUCUGCCCCCCAGGAAAGAAACCACCGGAUUCUGAUUGUGAUCGGAGAGAUUUAUACUGAGGAUCACCUGGAAAAGUCCAGGAGAGAGAUUGAACGAGCUCUGCGGUCCUGGAGGGUUGAUGUUCUGGACCUGAACAAGGAGUUGCAGCUCUUCAAGAGGAGACACACCGCCCAGUUCUCGGAGGUCAGAGGCCAAAGGACCCUGCAGCUCCAGAGCGAUGACCUUCGGACGGUCGUGCUGGUGAACCCGUCAGAGGAAACGGUUUCCUCCGAGGCCCGCUCUCUGAUCACUGACCGCGCGGCGUUUAAGCUGCUGAUCCUGAGCGGCCAGAGCUCCGAGCAGGGAGGAGACGUGCUGCUGCAGGGCGGCGCUUUUACGUGGGAACACUUCUCUGAGAUCAUCUCCGAUCCUCAAGUGAUCGAAGUCCUGUCCAGGAACUCUGCCAAGCCAACCGCAAAGCUCACAGUUUCUUGUCAGGGAGACGGGGGCUGGAGCUCCCUGGGCCAAAGCCAGGAGCAGCUGCCGCUGAGGGGUCUUCUGGAAUACAGUCUGAACCCAGAACCACAUCUCCCCGACAUGGACGGAGUCACAGAGUUCACUGAGUACAUCUCAGAAACGGUGGACGUGCCGUCCCCCUUUGAGCUCCUGGAGCCGCCCACUUCUGGGGGGUUUCUGAAGCUGUCCAAGCCCUGCUGCUACAUCUUCCCCGGAGGCAGGGGCGACUCUGCCCUGUUUGCCGUUAACGGAUUUAACAUCCUGGUGGACGGAGGGUCAGAGAGGAAGUCCUGCUUCUGGAAGCUGGUUCGACACCUGGACAGGAUCGACUCUGUCCUCCUCACACAUAUCGGUGCAGAUAACCUUCCUGGGAUCAAUGGAUUGUUCCAAAGGAAAGUUGCAGAGCGGGAAGAGGAAAAGAACCGAGGGUCCGGUUCCUGCAGCAGCAGUGAGUGGAUGAAAAACCUCAUCUCUCCAGAGCUCGGGAUUGUCUUCUUUAACGUUCCAGAGAAGCUCAGGAUGCCUGAGUCUACGCUGAAGGUGAAGAGGAGCAUCGAGGAAGCAUCUCUAACACUGCAGUAUCUCAACAAGCUUGGCAUUACUCCAGAGCCUCUCCACAGGGCUGCCAGCAACACCAUUGAACCCAUCACCUUAUUCCACAAACUUGGUGUGGGGAAGUUAGACAUGUAUGUCCUGAACCCUGUGAAAGACAGCAAAGAGAUGCAGUUCCUAAUGCAGAAAUGGGCCGGCAACAGCAAAGCCAAGACGGGGAUUCUGAUGCCCAAUGGGAAGGAAGGGGAGAUUUCUGUCCCCUACUUGACCUCCGUUACUGCGCUGAUAGUUUGGAUUCCGCACCGCCCAACAGAAAAGAUUGUCCGGGUGCUGUUUCCAGGAAACGCUCCGCAAAAUAAAAUCUUUGAGGGUCUGGAGAAACUGAAGCACCUGGACUUCCUCCGGCACCCAGUGGCCACUCAAAGAGACAUGACAUCCGGGGCUCCGCCUCCCAUCAUCAAGCAAACAAAAAUCCGAUCCAGAGCGGACAGCAAGGAGAGUCUUAAGUCAUCCCCCAAACCCCACGCCAAACCAGGCAAGAAAGAGAGCGGCAGCCACGAAGAGGAGCCAAAGGCUGACGCCACGAAGGAGAAAGAAAAGAAAGACGAGAAAAAACCCAGAAGUGAAAGCUUGAAGGCCACUAAACAGCAGAAAAACAGCGAGGUGGCGCCGGGAGCAGGCAAGAAGAAAACAUCCAAGGAUAAAACGUCAAAGCUAGAGAAAACAUCUAAGAUGGACGAAAAGAAAGACAAAGAGAAAAAAGAAACAAAGAAAGAAAAAGUGAAGAAAGACGAGAAGAGUAAAAAGGAUGAGAAAAAAGAGACUAAAGCCAAGGAGAACAAAAAGAAGGAUCUGAGUAAACCUGAGCUGAGAAAAAUGACCAAACCUGACCUAAAGCCACUCACAGCAGAGGUGAGAAAAACGCUGCACAAGGCAAAAGCUCAGGCUAAGCCCAAGGCCAUCCGGAGUAAGGCUGCUAAAGAGGAAGCCAAUGAGAAGAAGCCGACUCCAAAGAAGCCUGCUGAGGAAGCUGCUCUGGCUGAUCGCUCCAUCACCUCCUCCCCGGAGGACCUCACUGCAGACUUUGAGGCUAUAAAGCUAGAGAAGACUCUGAAACCAGAGGCCGAGCCUGUCCAGAAUGAUGGGAUGUCUGGUGGCCUGCUGGGGCUCUCAGGAACCAAUGUUUGUAGGUCAGUUUCACCCUCAGAGAGGCCCGCCUUCCCGACCUCGGAGGUGAAACCUUCCAAAUCCGAGCCCCCUGUAAAACAGGAGGGAGACAACAAAAGCACAGCAGAGCCGGCUGCCUCAGCUGAGUGGACGGAUGGACACGCUGACUUUGACAAGAAACAUGAGGAGGAGAGGAUGGAAAAACAUGACAAAGACUCUGUGAAGGGGAGAGACCGCUCAAAGAAGAGCGAGAGCUCGGAGGAGGAGGAGGGUGAUGUCAUUGAAAAGGCAGAAGUAGAGGGAACAGAAAAUGAGGAGGUCCAGAAGUGUCAAGCAGAGGAGGUGAAAAGGGAAAAACCCAUGAAGGAAGGCGACACGAAAGCAGCAACAGCCUCGGCCUCCGAGCAGUUCUCUUUCAUCCAGGAUGAGACCAUGCCCGCCUACUCUGAGACCGAACAGACCAUCUCAGACGAGGAGAUCCACGAGGACGCCGAGGACAGGAUCCCACAGCUGCGCUACGACGUGGGCACCUGUGAAGUCUCUGUUCCCGAUGUUCCUGGCACCUUUGAGACCAUGCAUGGCAUCAGAGAGAUGAAGAGCUCUGCAGGUCCAGAUGCUGCAGAUGUGAAACCCAAAGUCUUUGUUGGAAGUCAUGAGCCUGAGCUCGCACCUUUCCCUGCCAUCAUUGCUGCUCCCCUCGCUGAAGAGGAGCACAUCUCUUCUGCCACAUCCAUCACAGAAUAUGACAAACUGUCCUCUUUCACCACUGAAGACCAGUCUGUUGCCUCGGUGACAGCACCUCAGACGGAGGACAUGGGGAGGAGCUCUCUGCUGCUAGACGCCAUCAGCAACGCCCCUCUGCGCGUGGAAGCCGCUCAGGGUAAAGACUACCUCCACUCAGCAGGAACCAUCUCCCCCACCUCCUCGCUAGAAGACGACAAGUGCUUUAAGUCUCCUUCCUCUGAUGAAUAUCAGCCCAACAUUCUAGAAAUAGAAGGGGACACAAAAAUAAGGUCAGUUCACGAAGAAGAAGAAGAAGACGAGGAGGAAGAUGAGGACGAGGACCAAACCCCCAAUGUUGACAUCCCUUUGGCAAAGCUUCAAGAGGGAUACGAGCACGCAGCUUCCAUGAUGCUCCAGGAGCACCAGAAGGCUCCUCCCCUCGUUGGCCGCCACACUGCAAAAGAACAGCAGAGUGCCACCAGCACAGAAGGACUCGGGACAGUUGAAGUAAACCACAUCAUGCCGCCUCCAUCGUUCCCCACUGAGCUGGACUACUUCAGUCAGGAGGGGGAGGAAAGAUGCUUAAGUCCUGAGGACAGCACAGUCAGAUUGACCCCCCCCUCACAGUCUGUACGCACCAGCAGCAGCGCCUCACCAAUCGAAGGAAAAGCUCUAAAGACAACAGACAAAGAUCGCCUGGAGACCAACGUGACAGCUGACGUCCACAAAGCAGAGACAUCUGUUCCUAUCGCUGAGGAUUCCUGCCUGCCAGGUGACCUCACCGAGGAAGUUCUGUUCAGUACAGACAGAUCCAAACCUGCUGAAACGAGCCCCGACUUACCUUCUGCACCAGCUUCCAGUGGAGAGCAGCCUCAUUUCAUGCAGAAAAAGGAGGAAACAGCCUCAAGUCCUGAUGAUGGCACCAAGAAAACGGCCUUACUCCCACAGUCUGUACCUUCGUUUGCAGAGAAGGCUUUUGAGCUGCCAGACCAAGAAAAGACGGCACAAGCUGACAUCCCCAAACAGGAAAAAUCCGUUACCAUCUUAGAUCACGCCUCCUUCAUCGACCUACCAGGUGACAAGGCCACGCCGGAGGUGUCUGAGGAGUCUGAUGAAACCAGUGAGGAGGAGAAUUUAGCCAAAACUGAUUUGCAACCAGCUGUAAAGGCAAAGCUCAUGGAAGCAAAGGAGGGAUGCUUCUUAGACGACGACUUUACAUUUGAAGAAAAACCUGAUGAAACCGAGAGAAGCGUCACGAUUACUGACGGCACACAAGUGUCCUUUAGCAAAGCGGAAGAAUUACAGUCUCGGGUUAGGUGUUCUGAUGAUGAUGAUGAUGAACCAGAUGACGCCUCUCCGAGUGGGGACAGACCUAUACCCUCGUCCACUAAUCAGGACAAGGCAGACCAAAAGAAUGAACUCAACGAGAAAGGAGAGGUUCAUUUGAAAGAAGGCGAGAAGAGCGUUCAUUUCAGUCUUACUGAUUUUUCAGAGAAGGACAGAAAAGAAAAAGUCGUGUAUAUGAGGCAGGACACGCCCUAUGUGUACGGAAAAACCUUCACCUACGCCGACGUGUAUGACAGCAAGACCAGCUCCGUGGACUCUGACUACUACAGACAGGAGUCUGAAGACAAGGCCGUCAGCGACGCCGCCGCAGGGACUGACGCGCUGUCAAAGAGUCCCGAGCACCCCUUCCCCACCACAGUCAUGGACAGGACCUCGGAGAAGAAGGAUGCACCUAUGUCCCCCCCAUCGUUCUCCUCCCUCCCAGAAAAAGAAGCUUUCCUGGGCGGCGAGAAAGGCGCUUGCUUGGAGAUCGACAUGAGUAAAUUCACUGCAAGGGAUGAGGAAGAUUACGAUGAUGAUAAAGUCCUUGAUGAUGAUGAGGACGAAGAUGAGGAGGAGGAUGAGGACAAUGAAAGUAGCAUUGACUCUGAUGUGGAAAAAGAUGGCAAACAGAAAUGUCAGCGGGACACAAAGAGCCCGCUCAGCGCCUCAGAGAAGCCAGAGUCCAUGGUUUCAACGGUGGGGGGCGGGUUUACCUGCCAGGGUGAGACCGGUACACAGGAGAGCAGCCCCAGCUAUUUGAACAAGUUCACUGAUGAUGCCAACACGGAUUGCUCACCUGCCAGUGCAGAUCCUGCAGACUUAGGCUCCACGGGCGCAACUGGCUACUCCGGUUACCCCGCUGGGUUUGAGGAGAAAGAGCUGUUUUCAUCACGUCAGAACAGAGACGAAGAAAAAGAAGCUUUUCAUUUGAAAUCAAGAGAUGAGAGUUAUAGCCAGAAAGACAGAAGUGACCUUAGUUAUGAAAAGCAGAAAACUCCAGAUGUACCGAGUAAAAGCUCACUGGAUACUAACUUUCAGUACUCCACCACAACAGCCUUGGGGUACUCCUCUUCCUCAGCUUACAGCUACUCCUCCUCCACUUCAGGUUCCCUUUCCACAAGCCGUCAGUUUGGGGAGGAACUGGAGACGCCUGCCUCUGUGGAGCCUCCAUUCGAGUACUCAUCCUUUAAAGAAGAGAACAUGCUUGGUGCUGAUCCUCCUGUCCCCAGUUCAGCUGCAGCCAAACACGACUAUCUAGAAGUUUCUGAGAAACUGAACCCACCAGCAACCACAGCUGUGUCCUCUUCCCCGUCAGCCGCUUUCUCACCUCGUGGCACAUGUGAGGAGUCAAUGAGGGUUCAUGCAGCUCCAGGCAAAGGCCCUCAGUCUGGCUGCUUCUAUAGGCCUGAAUGGCCUGAAGGGACCAAGGCAGCGGACUUUGGGUUGAGAGCAGAUCCGUUUUCUCAACUGUCAGACUUUUCAGUAGACAAGGAGGCUGCCAGCGCAGCUCUGUUUGGGGUCACCUCCUCCCCUCGGCCAGACAUCGAAGGCAAGCACUACUUUGAGGAGACUGACAGCAGUGAAGACGAGGAUGAGGAGGUGUACAUGCAUGACAUGGCUCGUAGGUCUCCUUCCAGCGGCCCGACGGGCAGCAUCUCAUUCCUAAACAAACCUGUCGCUCCAGCUGUCAGUGGAAAGGUCGGGGCCGUUCCAGAUGUUCUGGCUUCUUACAUGGCAUCCCCUCCCAGGUCCGGUGUGCAGGACGGAGCAAACAGACCUGCGGAGGCCAGUGGAGGUUCCUCUGUGCUUGCUGGGGCAGCAGCAUGUGGUCCGGUUUCUGGCCUGACCAGGGUGGAACCCAGACAGGAAGCAGCAGGUUUUACCAGGAGUAUGUAUGAGUGGGAAAUGGCAAAGUCCCAGAUGGGCAUGGUACCUGGAGAAUCCCCUCCCCAUUGUCGCCAUGAGGAGGAGUUUGAAGAGGAGUGUGAGAUGGAGCCAGAGUAUCCCGCCCGCCCCCUGUCCUUGUCCUCUAAAGAGCAGCUGUUUCACUCACCGUUUCACGCUCAGGAAUGCAGUCGGGACGAGCUGGAUGACGAGGAUGACAGUGACCAGGAUGCCCCCACAGGCGCCAUUUCCUCCUUCACCAGCCGCUCCUCUCCCGGAUACUCGUCUUCUGAGUACAGGCAGCGCAAGGAGGACCUCUCACCGUCCUUCAUCAACCCCUGUAGGCAGCAUUUCUCAAGUGACGAGGACGAUAGGGAGGCAGGUCACUGGAGCGAUCAGUCCCAGGAGGGGGACGAGCACGACCUGUCUGUCAAGAGAAGGGCCCACAAGCAGCCGUACCAUCACCAGUCCCACAGCAAGGACAGCAGCUCUCUGCAGCCCACUGGUGAGAUGUUGACAGGAUCAGGACCAGCCGCAGAAGACACCCCCCCCACCUCCAUUAGUGAGUCUCUUGCUUCUCAGUCAGACUCUGAGGGGCCUCGAGGUGCCGAAGAAUCCACCUCUGUUACUGGGGAUGGCAACCUUGACUCAGAUGAAGACUUUAUGCCGAUUAAUAAAUCUGCCUCAGGUCAUGGCAACCAUCCAUCUGGUUCCAGGAGGAGCCUCGACCCUCCCCCUGCUCCAGUCAGGGACCCCCAUCCUCACCGACCCUACCCAGAUGUAUGCAUGGUGGAUCCUUGUUCGCUGGAUAAUGGCUCCGCCAAGAAAGAGCCAAAACCUAGGAGCUUAAAAAAGGCCUCAGGGAGAACCAAAUCUUCAUCUCCAGCUAAGCGCAAGAGGUCCCCCAUGCCUGUGAAGCAGAUGCUUUCCCCCUGUGGGGCUCAAACAAAGAAGAAAGAUUCAGACAAGAGCUCACGGAUGUCUCGUCUGUCGGACGGACAAGGUUCCAAAGACGACGACCACUCCAGAUCGAGCUACAACCCUGGAAAAGGCCUGACAAAUGGUGUCAAGACAAGUCCAGGUUCCCAAAAGCCUGGCUCUGUGGCUGCUCCAGCUUUUCCCAUUUUUGUGGACCUGGCCUACAUUCCCAACCACUGCAGCGGCAAAAAUGUAGACCAGGAGUUUUUCAAACGAGUUCGUUCCGCAUAUUAUGUAGUGAGCGGGAACGACGCAGCUGGUGGGGAACCGAGCCGGGGGGUCCUGGAUGCCCUGUUGGACGGAAAAGCUCAGUGGGGAUCAAACCUUCAGGUGACGCUGAUCCCCACCCACGACACUGAGGUCACUCGCGAGUGGUACCAGCAGACCCAUGAAAGGCAGCAGGAGCUCAACAUCAUGGUUUUGGCCUCCAGCAGCACCGUUGUCAUGCAGGAUGAGUCUUUUCCAGCCUGCAAGAUCGAGUUUUAGGGUCUCAUCAGCUUUGUAAUUCCUCCUCAGUGCGGGCUGAAACAUAAAGCUGCCUCUGCUCGCCUGCCAGUUGGAAAAUUCGAGGAUCACUUUUCCUUUUGGCACUUAUUUCUAGGCUUUCUAAUAACUUUUUGUUUUCCAUCCUUCAGCCGGUCAUACUUUCUGUCCUCUGAUCUGAUGUGUUUCUCUGAAUCGAGGACCUCUUUUUCCAUCUGCCCAUGUUCUGAUGAAGGUUUUGUUGCUCUUUGCCUGACUUAACUGAAGCACAAAGUCAAACACAUCAAUAACUAAAUCGGACUAGAAAACAAUCUGGAUCCAACUGUCCGCUAAGCUUUUUACGAAUCGUGGUGCGUCGGAUUCUGACUUAGUAAGAGUAGGAUAAAAGGUAGAGCCAACCAGUCUGUCGUUCUGUGCCGUAGUUUAGGGAACAACCUGUCCAAGAAUCUGUGUGACGGUGGAUCCUUGCAGUUUUCCAGCAUCUUUAACGAUGAACACAAAGCUCUCCAACUGUUUCUGUUGUCCUUGGUGUACUUGUGGGUGUAUUAGAAGCAAACGUUUGCUCGUAGAAGUCAGAGAAGCAUUGACGCCAGCUGAAAAAUCUCCUUGAAUAUCCCAAACUCUGCAGAGAACAGAGGAUGCACAGGCGCACGGCUGCCGAAGCAAAGAUUGUCUUCAGCUUUGACUGCGGGAACCCACCUGUUAAAAGAACCAGUCUUAUGUGUGGCUCAGCUGCUGACUCACUAAAGGUCACACAGAGGUCACAGCCUAAUCAAACUUUAAAAAUUUGUAUUUCAGCUGCCACUCUUAAAAGCACAAAAGGUUUGCUGGACCAGUCCUGCUCAUUUGUUUAACGAAAGGCAACCAGCCUGCAUCAAAGUAAAGGUUUUUUUUGCUUUGCAGACAAAUUCGUUUUGGAUCUAUUUUUGACCUGAGGUCAGUGUUUCUGCAACAACGACCAGCAUCUGUAACAUCCACCUUCAAGUCAAGCCUUUUCCUCUGGGAAACAUGUGUGCAUGGUUCCAUGGAAACAUACAUGCACUGAAGCAUGCACACGCCGACCCAGAAUGAACCUGCAGCUUCUGCUCACUGAGCGACGGAUGCAUUCCAACACAAAUGCACAAAACUCUACGGUCACUAAAACCCGCUUGCACAGAACAAUGCACAUGCUGAAGAACGCGCCAACAGAACCCUUCAUGCACCGAAACACGCCGUGAAACGCUGCGCACACUGAAACAACUGCACUCAGAUAUGGGUGUACAGAGCCACUCGCACACAUGAAACUUUGGUCACACUGAAACACGGGCUUUCAAAGAUUUGCUUUAAAUCAUGCUUGCAAAAACCAUGUAUGCACAGAACCCUGGACCGACUAAAACGUGUGCACAGAACCAUGCAGGCCCUAAAACGUGUGCAUGGAACCAUUCAUUGUCCAAAAAGGGAAAACAUGGAAGUAUUUGUGCUCUGAAUCGUGCAUGCAUAGAAACAUGUGUGCAUAAAACAAAAAAAGACGCAUUCAGCGUCAAAAAAGCAUUAAACACUUAACAAUACGUGCUUUUACACAUGCAUGUACAUUUACAUACAACCCACUAAAAUGAUCAUUGGCUAAAUUCCAAGCUUGAUAACAUGUGAGAACUGAAAUAUAUGCAUAAAAUAAAUAAACCUUUACAUGCUCCAUGUAUGCGUACAUGUACCCGAGUGUGCAUUGAAACAUGCAUGCACAGAACCAUGUGUGCUUUGGUAGACCCAUGCAUAGAGUCAUGCGUGCGCUGAAACAUGCACAGGAACAUGUGAGCACUGAAACACGCGUGCUCCUUUACAAACCACGUGGGCGCAGAAAUAUACGUGCACAGAACCAUGCCUUUGCUGAAGCCUGUGUGCACCGGACCAUUAGUGGGCUGAAACACGCACGGCUUCAGCGAGCUCACGCCGAAUUGUACGCAGACUUUGAACUGCUUUCAUGGAACUAUGCGUGCAUUGAAGCAUGCGUGUGUGGAGGCGUGUGCACAUGAAUGGUUUUGUACGCGCUCCGUGACAUAGGUCCGUGGAACCAUACGUGCACAUAAACAGACUGGCUGUAGGGCUGCAGAGACUUGAAUGUGAAGAUGCAGAUUUACCUUUACAUUCCCAAUGGAGGGCUUUCAUCUCCUGGUUGCCUUGGUUACGGUGCAUCACAUGGUACACAAAGAAUUUUCUCGCAAUAAGAACACGACCCACCCCUGACAUCGGGAAGAAAACCCGUCUGACCUGCCACCUCCCUUUCUACCGGCCAUGACAUUCCAGAUUAAACCGUUUAGGCACCAAAUCCCGGCUUCAAACAACACUGCACACAUGUAUGCAAACACGCCAAGCCAGACUGCCAGACUCACGGUGAGGUUUUUACCCGCUGCUUUUCUUUUGUUUUCCUGUUUUGUAAACUGACUGCGCUGCCUGAGUUGUGUAUGGGAGACAAAAACAAAGCAGAAGACAUUGAUUGUAACCAGAAAUAAGUUAGUGUGGGGGUCCAGUGAGGCCCGCUUGCUAAUGCAUGUGCACCCCCACCUGCUAAAAGUGUAGAACUGCUCCUUCAAAGAGCUCCCGGCGGUUCUGCGUCUUUCUGCUUCUUGGUUUUUAAUCUUCUGUUGUACGUGCAAUAUUCUGCUGAUCUCUCUUUAAGUGUUUAGAGGCAAAUAUUAAACAGAGUUAUUGUUGAAAGAUGAAAAGUGUGAAGAGAAAUAAAAACAUUUCCUGAAACAA